AUGAGUGAAGAUGUCAUUUCUGCACCAGAAGAAUACUCUCCUCAGCAGAGAUUAGAAGUGAAGCAGUACUUGGAAUCACAUCCAGAAAUCAAAACAGUCAUUGCUGAUUUAAUGGUUGCGAUUAUUGAAAAUAAACCUGAGAAACCAUUAGAUUUCGCUAAAGAGUACUUCGAAAACCUCAAAUAA